AUGGAAGGCCUAAGGGAACAAGUCAAGGAAAUAAGUGGAUUAAUAGGAAAGAAUCCAAGGGGAUCAAGUCAAGGAAAUAGUGGAUAUGGAAGCCUAGGGACAAGUCAAGGAAAUAGUGGAUAUGGAAGCCAAGGGACAAGUCAAGGAAAUAGUGGAUAUGGAAGCCUAGGGACAAGUCAAGGAAGUAGUUCAUAUGGAAGUUUGGGAACAAGUCAGGGAAGCAGAUUUUAUGAAAGCCAAGGAAACAUGGGAUUUGGAUAUAGAGGCCAAGAAACGAAUCAGGGAAAUAGUGGCGGAUAUGGGAGCCACGGAACAAACAGUGGAAAUAAUGGAUACGCAAGCCAAGAGCUAGGUCAGGGAAGUCAAGGAUCAAGUCAAGGAAGCAGUUCAUAUGGAAGUCAAGGAUCAAGUCAGGGAAGCAGUUCAUAUGGAAGUCAAGGAUCAAGUCAAGGAAGCAGUUCAUAUGGAAGUCAAGGAUCAAGUCAAGGAAGCAGUUCAUAUGGAAGUCAAGGAUCAAGUCACGGAAGCAGUUCAUAUGGAAGUCAAGGAUCAAGUCAUGGAGGCAGUUCAUAUGGAAGUCAAGGAUCAAGUCACGGAAGCAGUUCAUAUGGAAGUCAAGGAUCAAGUCAAGGAAGCAGUUCAUAUGGAACACAAGGAUCCAGUCUUGGAAGCAGUUCAUAUGGAAAUCAAGGAUCAAGUCAUGUAAGCAGUUCAUAUGGAAAUCAAGGAUCAAGUCAUGUAAGCAAUUCAUAUGGAAAUCAAGGAUCAAAUCAAGGAAGCAGUUCAUAUGGAAGUCAAGGAUCAAAUCAAGGAAGCAGUUCAUAUGGAAGUCAAGGAUCAAGUCAAGGAAGCAGUUCAUAUGGAAAUCAAGGAUCAAGUCAUGUAAGCAAUUCAUAUGGAAAUCAAGGAUCAAAUCAAGGAAGCAGUUCAUAUGGAAGUCAAGGAUCAAAUCAAGGAAGCAGUUCAUAUGGAAGUCAAGGAUCAAGUCAAGGAAGCAGUUCAUAUGGAAGUCAAGGAUCAAGUCAAGGAAGCAGUUCAUAUGGAAGUCAAGGAUCAAGCCAAGGAAUCAGUUCAUAUGGAAGACAAGGAACAAGUCAAGGCAGCAAAGGAAAAGGUCUCAAAGGAACAAAUCAGGGAAGUAGGUCAUAUGGAGGCCAAGGAACAAACACGGGACAAGCUAGAUUUGGAAACCAAAAAGGAAGUAGCACAGGAAGUAAUAUGAUUAGCUACAGAAGUCCUGGAUCCGGACAAAACAGCAUAGGUCCGGUUGGCAGUGGAAAUAGUCUGAGUAGCUAUGGUUUUGGUCAAGUUGGCCAGGGUAGCCCAACUGCCAGUAGACAAACCUACGGUGAAAAGGAAAGCAGCCAAACUAGUAUGGGAUACCAAUAA